AUGUCAAACUCCCAGGAACAGAGUCUGAAUAAAGACGUGAUAUUUCUGCCGGUGUCUGAGUCCAGCCCGGAGUACCUUCACUGCGAGAGGGAGCGCUAUGCGCUAGAACGCCUGCUGAGUGCGGGCCCCGAGGCCUUCUACACCACGCUGAGUGCAGAGCACCUCGUCCCCUUCCUCUCCCCAGAGGAGGUGAACCAGAUCAGUGGCAGGGUCAAGGACUACCAUAGCAGCUAUGAGGAGUUGGAGGGGGCUGAGGAGGGUGGCAGCUCAGGUGUGCAAGACUUCUCCGCCAGGUACUUCCCCACCCACUCAGACACCCCUGCACCUUGCCUGGAGCUGGGCUGGCCUGAGGGGGUCACCUGGGUGGGAAUGGGACGCGCCGUGGUCUAUACCAGCCCACCUGCAGAUGAACAACCUCCUGUCAGAGAGAUCAUCAGAAGACUACUGCAGGGGGCUAGCAAGGUUAUUGCCAUGGUGACAGACAGACUGACAGAUAGCACUGUGAUUGGGGAUCUACGCACUAUCGCUUCACGGGGAGUCCCUGUUUACAUCAUCCUGAACCAGAGAUCCAGCCAGGAGAACCUCCCCCCUCACAGGCUGAGGCAUCCGAAUAUACAGGUUCGUGUUCUUGGAGGAAAGACCUUCUGUUCGCGGGAGGGAAAGAUAGUGAUGGGGGAAUUGAAGGACAACUUCCUCCUGGUGGAUUUGGAGACAGUGGUUAAUGGCAGCUACAGGUAA